AUGCCAGGCCACCACAUUCCAAGUAGGAAUUAACAAGGACCUGUUACAAAACUCGUGUUCUUAACAGUUUUGGGACUAACCCUUCUAACAGAACCUUCUCAACAAAGCUAUUAAGCAAUUUUCAAAGGCAUGAAUGCAAAAGAAAAAGUGAAAUUGGCCGAUGAUCUCGAAUAUUAUCAAAGCGCUGUUGAUCACAUUAAGCGAAUCAUAGAUGAAAAGAGUGGGCUCAGCUCAUCCUCAGCAAGUGAUGGAAGUCACAAAGGCGGAGCUAAAAGUUAAGAAUCAAAGUUUGGUCACAAAUCAACUUCCAUAAUAAGCACUCUAACUUGUGAUGCUUGCUGGAUUGCAACUGAUUUGUUCCAUGAUUUAGUCAGUAAUUACAUUGUCUAAGAUUUGGUAGAGACUGCUGGUAUUCUUGUGUGUAGCACCGAUUUAUCCUUUAGCAUUUGCAGAGGGUAUGUUAAUUCAUUGAAAGAUGUCGUAAUUAAACAACUAGAAGGCAUAAUAACUUCUCCUAAGUAUCUUUGUACUGAUGCUCUCAACAUAUGCGAACAGAAAUACUUUGAGCUCUUAGACCCAAAUGAUUUCACAGGCAAGAUGCUGGCUGAUAAGCCUAAUGUGAUCUAAAACGAUGAUUUCAUGAAUAACUUAUAUGAAACAAUCAACAACGAUUCAAAUAAGAAUCUCAGACCAACCUUCAAGGCUGUUCACUUCACAGAUGUUCAUACUGAUUUUUACUAUGUAUCAGGAGCUUCAACUUAAUGCGACAACAUUAUUUGCUGCAGAAAGGAGAAUGGUUUCCCAACAAAUAAGAGUAUCUAAGCAGGCCCAUUAGGAGCUUAUGGCUGUGAUAUUCCUAUUGAUGUGUUGACCACAAUGGGUGAUUACAUAAAUGCUGAAAUCAAUCCAGAUGUGAUAUUUUGGACUGGUGAUAUUACCCCUCAUGACCAGUGGCAUUAUACAGUUGAUUAUGUCACUGAGUAUCAGACCUGGUUAGCAAACUUUAUGAAGGCUAAUUUCUCUGAUUACGUAAUUUACCCUCUUGAAGGAAACCAUGAUUUCGGUGAGGCUAAUUCUUAGAGUUUCAUUCAACCUGAUCCAAUGCUAGAUAUUAAUCUUAAGCUUUGGAGCGAAUGGCUUGAUGAAAAUGCUUAAUAAUAGUAUGCUAAGGCUGGCUAUUACACUUAAAAACUAAAGCUUAAGAAUGGAACUGUUUUUGACAAAGUAAAUGUGGUAGCUAUCAACUCUCAACCAUGCUAUCAAUUCAACUUCUAUCUUUGGAAUGAAAGAGACGACCCUGGUGGUGUCCUAUAAUGGCUUAAUGAAACCCUUCAUGCCAUUGAAGCUCGUGGGGAAAUAGCACUAUUCAUCUCACAUAUUCCACCUGGAGAAAAGUCUUGCCUAUAUCAGUGGUCUAUUAGAUAUAAGGCUAUCACAGAUAGAUUCCAACACCUAAUUAGAUUCUCCAUCUUUGGUCACGUGCAUGAAGAGAUUCACAAUACUGUGAAUGCUGUUAAAUCUGGAAAGCCUAUCGGAGUUCAGUAUUGGUCUGGAUCAGUUUCUACUUUCUCAGAGAUCAAUCCCUCAUUCAGAGUAUUUGAAUUCGACCUAGAAACUUUCCUACCAGUUAAGAUCUCAACUUAUUUCUUGAACCUAGAAGAAGAAAAUCCAAAAUGGAAUUUCCACCACGAAAUGACUGAUGUUUAUGGAAUGAAAGAUUUAAGUCCUUCCAGCUUUAGAAAUUUAUCAUAGAGAAUUUUAAAUGAUGAGUAAACUGCAGUACUCUAUACUGUAACGAAGUCGCAAGGAGCACCAUAAACUAGAACUUCAGUCUGUGACUAAGCCUGCAGAUAAGACGCAUUCUGUGAGACUACUAACAAUGUUUAUUUGGAAUACAAGGAUUGCAUGGGAGAACCUCGUUAUUCUCUUAAAUAAGAUCCACUUGACACAGCUCUUGAAUAUCUUGCAGAUCCUUGGAUUAGACCUGUUUGA